AUGGCCGUGAUCGAGGCUGCCAACCACCCGUCGGACAGCAACUUCAAGAAGAGCUUAUACGAGCCCAUGGAGCUGAUCGAGUGCCACCACUGGUACCUGGGGCUACUCUACGACAACAACGUGCUGUCCACCGGGACCAGCGCGGGCAACGAGAGCCCUGAGCUCAGGAACAGGUAUCCCAACGCGGUCUGCACAACCAGAACCAUCGAGUUGGCGCAGAUGCUCAUGCCCGUCUUCACAUACGCGUACGGGUCGUGGAUCCUCAGGUGCAUGGGGUUCACGUCCAUGAUCACCGAUGACGAGUUGUACAGCAUUCUGAGGCUGUGGAGGAACAUGAACGAGACCAACAUUCCGACCGUGCACGUGUUCGAGGAGGUGCACGUGGUCUCGAUCUCGAUCGCGAUCGCCAGCGGGACGUUGAUCAGACCCGUGAGGAUGUUGGUGAACAACCGCCAGAUCGUAGGCGAGGGCCCGUUUGUGGACUCGAUGUGCGUCUACCGCUCGGACACAAUGAGGUUCAUCAGCAAGCUGUUCCCCGACCCCACGAUCGAGCCUGAGCAGUUCGUCUGGACCAUAGCCAAGUGCAUCGACUACAACAUGUACACGAUGGAGCCCCGGGCCAGCCUCGCGGUCCAGAUGUUGUGCAGUCCAUAA